AUGUUUGGGGCCAGCCCCUCUCUCCCCGCAGGCCGGGUGUACUACUUCAACCACAUCACCAACGCCAGCCAGUGGGAGCGGCCCAGCGGCAGCGGCCGGAACGGCCAAGGGGAGCCCAGCAAGGUGCGCUGCUCGCACCUCCUGGUGAAGCACAACCAGUCCCGCCGGCCCUCGUCCUGGCGGCAGGAGAAGAUCACGCGGAGCAAGGACGAGGCGCUGGAGCUCAUCAACGGCGAGUACCGCGCGGGGCAGCGGGAGCUGCGCGGGGACGGGGACGGG